CCCCGCGCCGCUCAGCCCGGGCGGGCGGGGGUGUAAUUUCCUCCACGGCUCGGGGCCGGGCCGGGAUGGGGCUGUAGCUGUAGCCGCCAUGGAGCGGGCCGAGGGCCGGUCCGGCGCCCUCCAGUACGUCCAUGUGCAGCUGCAGGGGGGCGCGCCCUGGGGCUUCACGCUGCGCGGCGGGCUAGAGCACGGCGAGCCCCUCAUCGUCUCCAAGGUGGAGGAUGGGGGCAAGGCUGCACUAUCCCGCCGGCUGCAGCCCGGUGAUGAGCUGGUGAACAUCAGUGGGACACCAUUGUACGGAUCCCGCCAGGAAGCUCUGAUCCUCAUCAAGGGAUCCUACCGAACUCUGAAGAUGAUCGUUCGCAGGAGGAGUGUGCCCGUCCUCCGGCCCCAUUCCUGGCACAUGGCCAAACUUGCUGAAAGCCGCCCUGACGUCCCCACCAUGCACUGCCCGGCCGAUGCCUUCAGCCUCUCCUGGCCCUCRGGGUGUGAUGUCAGCACUGACCGGAGCAGCUCCAUCGGGAGCAUGGAGAGCCUGGACCAUCCCGGCCAGGCCUACUAUGAAGGAGACCCCUCACCCGCUGACCAGGGCAUGUACCACAGCAAGCGGGACUCGGCCUACAGCUCCUUCUCUGCCAGCUCCAUCGCCUCUGACUGUGCCCUCUCUCUCCGUCCUGAAGAGGCUGUGUCCAUCGACUCCAGCCUCCAAGGCCCCUGCAAAGCCUCUGAUGGGCGCUACCUGACCUCAGGGGCUGAGCCAUUUGCCAGCCGGCACCUUGAAGCCUGGCGGGCACCUGUGCCCCCCCAGCCCCCUGUCAGGAGGGACAGCCUGAGGGCAGCCCCAGCUGGUGGAGGGGACAGGCACCAGGUGUCAGUGUCAGCAGACAGGCUGCAUGCCAARGGCCGGUGGAUCUCUGACACCUUCCUCUGCCAGCGGGAUGGGGAGGUGGAAGUGGUAGGCAGGACACUGGCGCCAUACCCCACAAAGGACCGUCUCUCUGCUGACCAGUAUUACAUGCUGAGCUCCCACCCGGACCGAUGCCCGGCUGAGCCACUCUUGGGGGAGAGCAUGGAGUCUGACAACCAGCCAUACCUGGAUGACAGCAUGCACCAAGUGCCGGAUGCCAUGACAGCAGGUGACAACCCGUUGCUGUCCCCUCUCAAGGGCCAUGUGUCGCACCGGCACAGUGCUCCUGAGCAGUUGCUGGCCUCCCAGCUCCGCUCCCUCCAGCUGGGCACCAGCAGUGGGCAAGCCUUGCCAGCUCCCAGUGGGCACCGCUGGACCUUGUCCCCUCUGUGUCCUGAGGGCAGCCAGGGGGGAGCCACAGGGGCUGCCCAGGACUCCCCCCACCGCCCAGAGUCUUGCUGCCGCCCACCUCCCUGCCGCUGCUGCCCUGAACUGCAGCAAGCCUGUGGGCAGGAUGGCCAGGGACCCAGCCCAGCACUCAGCACUGAGGGACCAGUGGAGGAAGAGAGCCAGGCAGGGGCCCGGCGGUCUGGGGGUCCUCCCCACCGCUCUGCUCAAAUGCGCCGCCGCAGCGACCGCUUUGCUACUAGCCUGCGCAAUGAGAUCCAGCGGCGCAAGGCCCAGCUUCAGAAGAGCCGGGGUCCUGGUGCACUUCCACCUGGUGAGGAGCCGGUGGAGGAGACUGAGGAGCCCUCCGAGGGGACUGUACUGGCAGAGGGAUCACCUGCCCGGCCUGAGUGUCUUAGCCCUGUGCCGAGUGAGGACAGCAGGAACACUGGCCGCUCUGGAGACCGGGGUAUCCCCACCCCUGACCCAGUGCCAGCCCCCAAAGGGCCCCCCUCCCCUGAGCAGGCAGUGCCAACAGCCAGGGGCCGCUGGCACUGGUCCCCAGAGCGCAAGYUGCAGCCACAGCACUCACGCAGCCCCAGUGACUCRGAGGGCUACAGACAGGGCCCGGUGRCCCGCAGCUCCCCGCCACGGGGCAGCGAUGAGGCGGUCCUGAUGCCCUUUGCCGACCGCCGCCGGUUCUUUGAGGAGAGCAGCCGACUGGCACCACCCCGGCACAGCAAGCCACCAGCAGGUGAUCGCGGCACCUUCCAGCCCCCUGGCCCUGAGCACCGGGAUGUCCAUCGCCUCUCUGUGGACCAGCCCUACAGCUCCCCAUCACCCAGCCRCCCUGGCUCUACUGGCCCCUAUGCUGAGUGUUGCCGGGAGCAGCCCCACUGUUACAAGCCACUGGGGAGGCCGGGGGAGCUGGAUUACCUGCGGGGCUUCUCCUACCCCUGUGGGGUUCCCCUGCGCCCUGAGCCCUGCCGCUACUGUGGAGGGGACCUGGGCCCACCACCACUGCCCCGUGGCCACACCUGCUGCUGUCACCCUGUGCCCUGGGUGCGCUGCCCUGACUGCUGCUGCCCGGCCCCCCAUCCUGGGCGAGAGGAGAGYGAUGCCCGGCCCCCCCAGAGAGCUUUCGUCCCGGAAUUUCCUCAGAAUGAGUGGGAACCACCCGCAAUAACCAGGAAAGUCAGCCAGUCCAUCAGUGAGCUCUCCAGCUACCCACUGAGCUUCCCAAGGCUUGGCGCCUUCCACACCUGCCUUGAGAGCAACGAGCCAGAGUGGCCACCCUGUUACCGGGCCACAUCCACGCAUGACCUCUUGUGGGAUAGUGACCGCCUGGCCCACACCCCUGAGAGCCCCCCAGAUCUGCUGUACCGCCCACUGCGGGGCAGAGCCUUCUCUGAGAGCCACCUCAACCUGGAACCUGCCAGCUCCUGGGGCCAUGACCGGAAGGAACUUCUCCGUGCCAAGUUGGACCCUCCCAGCGUCCCCAAAAAGAAGUGCCCCCCACCUCCCCGCCCACCUCCCCCCAACUGGGAGAAGUACAAACAGCGCCGGGCAUCCCAACACCCACCAGAUGGUGCUGGGCAUGGCUCUGCCUUCUCUGCUGCCCCGGUGCCAAUCUGCAGCAUURUUGAGGCAGUGAGAGAGCGGUCACAGAGCCUCACUGGGGAGCAGGAAGGCCAGUCCUGGGGGCGCACUGCACGCCUCCCUGCUCCACCAGGUUCCUGGUGCCGACCUGAGCCCCGCAGAUCACUCCGCAGGACUCCUGGGCCUGAUGCUGCCAACGCUGAGAUUUGCAGGGUGUCAGGGGCUGGGGAGAAGCAGAAGAAGAUGAAGCAAUCAUGGGAGAUGGAGGAGCAGCCCCAAAGGCUCAUCCAGAACCAGGAGCAGGGCUGUGCCAGUCCCCGUGGGGUGGGUGAGUGCUCCCUGUCCCUGCGUUGUGGCCCUGGCCCUGCCCUGCCAGAGGCACUCAAGCCCAGUCCUGGGGCAGUGGAGGGGGUGAGCUGCCAGGGCAGCCAACCCCAGCCCCGCUGCAAGGACUCUGAGGAACUGCUGUGGGAUGUGGCUGUCAGGGACCAUUCCCUGGCCAGUGGCCUGACCCCCUGCCCUGGCACUGCCACUGAGGUGAUGGGUGAGCUGCUGGUGGCAGGGGAGCGGCAGGCCUGGCGGAAGUGUCUCCAGCAGGACUGGCACCUGGAGGCUCUGACACAGGACAGCAAAGGUUUUGAGCCCAUCUCACCGCCUCCCAGGAGUGCUGCGAGUGCCAGUUCCUUCCCAGUGCACUACGGUGUGGCAGUGGGUAAAGCAGAGCCACUUAACAAGGUGAAGGCACUGCCGGAGGUAGUGGAGGGGAACUCAGAGGAUGAGGAGGAGGAGGAGGUGGACCACGAGCUGGUGGAAAAGAAGCUGCAGCUGAUUGAGAGCCUGAGCCGCAAGCUGGUGGUGCUGCAGGAGGCACAACGUGGGCUGCAGGAAGACAUCAGCGCCAAUGGGGCACUGGGAGAGGAYGUGGCUGCCCGCCUGCAAGCCCUCUGCACCCCAGGGGAGUUCGACAAGUACCGCCUCUUUGUGGGUGACCUGGACAAGGUGGUCAACCUCCUGCUUUCCCUCUCGGGGCGCCUGGCCCGGGUGGAAACUGCCCUGGGCAGCCUGGGUCCGCACGCCCCUGCUGAGGACAAGCUGGCCCUGCGGGAGAAGCAGCAGCUGCUGGUGGCACAGCUGGAGGAUGCCAAAGAGCUGAAGGAGCACGUGGGGCGGCGGGAGGAGGCAGUGGGUGCCAUGGUGGCACGGUACCUGCCCGCCGAGCACCUCCAGGACUACCAGCACUUUGUCAAGAUGAAGUCGGCCCUCAUUGCUGAGCAGCGGGAGCUGGAGGAGAAGAUCAAACUGGGCCAGGAGCAGCUCAGGUGCCUGCGUGAGAGCCUUGGCCAGGCUUCCAAGGGCUGCUAGACCCCUUACCCGGCCUCCCUCUGGGAUCCUGGCUGUGGUCCCAGCUUGCUGCCAAAGUGGUUCCAGCCCCUUGUGGGCUCUCCCUGUGUCUGUCCAUCUGUCCAACCUCUGCCUUUUAUUUAUUUUUCUGGUUUACCAAGCAGGGGAGGGGCUGCCAGUCCAGGUUCUGACAGGGGCUGUUGUGCCACAGAUCUGUCAUGUGCUCUGUGGCCACUCAGCAGCCUGUGGUCCAGCAAGACCAGAUGGAUGGAUGCUACCAGCACCCUCACGGGUCUUUCUGUGCCCAUGGGGUCCCUCCAGCUUGUCCUGGACACCACUGUCUGUCUUGUAUCCAGUGCUGCACCACAUGCCUUAAACAUCUCUCGGCUACCCUGGGGUAUAUUCAUGCAGCACUUGAAAGGGUUAAACCAGGCUUGCUCUCUGUCAUGUCUGUUUGUCUGGCUCUGUCCAUCUGUCCAGUGGGAGCUGAAGGAAUUUCAGCCCUGGCAUCCUCUUCCUCCCCAUUGUGUCAGAAACAAUAGCCCUGGCCAGUAGGUUCUUAACCCACUCCCUGCUGGSUGAGGGACCACAUGGGGCUGAGGUGGGUGCCAAUAGGUGUACCUGUGUCUUGGCAUGGUGCCCUGCCAGGGCAUGGGGUUCUGGGACCAGUUCGCUGGGGCCUGCAGCUACCCUCUGUCACUAGUGGUGUGGGCAUGGAGAUAACUGGGUCUCAUCCAGCCAUCACCUUCAGCUUCUAGCCCAGCACCAGGAGUGACUAAUGGAGGAAAAACCACAUUAAGGACAAAACGGGGUACAUGUCCCUUCCUCUGUGCUGCAACAGCACUGAGAUGUCAUCCCCACACUGUCCACCUGUCUCCAUGGAAUGGGCAGGUGCCUUGAUUCUGAUUUUGCACAGGGGUUUAAUGCAACCAACAGGAGCGUGGGGCAGGGGCUAAACGUUUUGGGGAGGCAGGGGGCCUACAGUGCUUUGGGGUGACCCCAUAGCUGGACGAUCCCUUUCCCAGGGUGCAGGCAGCACCCAUGCCUGCCUGCGUGCCCCAACAGCAGCCCCACUUGGGGCUGCCCCUGCUCRGGGCCACCCUUAGCCUGUUAAACACUAUACCCCAUACCUGCCUGGUUGUACCAUGGGAUGGUGCCUAGCAGAAGUGGGGUCCUCAACAUUCUCUUCAUCUCAACUACCCCCAAGAUCAUUGCUAGGACCAAAGACUGCACCAGUGGGGGGCCAUGCUGUUCUCAUGAUGGGUUCAGCAGCCCUUCACGGGAUCCUGUGCUGUAGGAGCUGCCAGUGCCUUCAUGUUGCUGCGUGCCUUUGUACGUCUCACACUAAAGCAGCAGCCAGAACUGCAUGUCUGUCCAGUUGUGUCUCCGGUUUGUCCCUAUGCCACAGCAAGUGGCRCCAGAGCGAGGAGGGAGUAGUUGCUCCAUCGGGAAGAAUCAAGCCUUGGCAAACUCUUGGGAUCUGAAUGCCCCUGUGGCACAGGGAACACCUGAAGUGCAGCUGUGGGCAGGGUGUCCUCUGCACCCAGUGCUCCUAGGCUGGAGUACAGGACGGUGCCUGGACCCUUCCCCAGGGAUGCAUGUAAGGGUCACAGCACUUGGGUGGUGGAUGUAGCAGUUUCCCUGGCAAUCUGCCAAAGCGGCGCUACCAGAGUUUUUGGGGCAGCCCARAACGGGAGGGGGUGGCUGUUCUCGGGGGAUGUUGCCGUGGUGCUGCUGAGCCUGUUCGGGGUGUCACUGCGGUACGGCAGGGUGCUGCCCAGUGGCUUCCCUGGGGACUCCUCUGCUCGCCGGUCGCAUAGAGCAAUGCGGGCAAGCAGCGCUCGCGCCCCGCUGGGCGGCGCCAUCCUCGCGCGGACUGCGCGCGUGCAGGU